GGGCGGUGCGGAGCCUGUGUGGACACACGGAGACAUAUCGCUGCUGCUCCGCAGCGGCCACGCAACUUUACACACACCACUCAACUCACCACCGACUAACUUCACGGGACCAAGCGGCCAGGACGAGUUUGGACGGAGAAAAUGACGAGCCGGAGACCACGCAGCCUGUUGCGGGAAGCUUCCCAUCAGAUCAUUGCAGGUGGAUCCGCCGGUCUGGUGGAGAUCUGCUUGAUGCAUCCCCUCGAUGUGGUAAAGACAAGGUUCCAGAUCCAGAGAGGAGCGAGUGACCCCACCAGCUACAGGAGUCUGGGCGAUUGCUUCAGGACCAUCUUCCGCAAUGAAGGAAUCGCUGGCUUCUACAAGGGAAUCCUGCCUCCGAUUCUGGCGGAGACCCCAAAGAGGGCAGUCAAGUUUUUCACGUUUGAGCAGUACAAGAAGGUGCUGAAUUUGACGCCUUUGUCUCCUGGUGUGGCGCUGUCUGCAGCAGGGCUGGGCUCGGGCUUGACUGAGGCGGUUGUCGUCAAUCCAUUUGAAGUGGUGAAAGUCAGUCUCCAGGCCAACAGAGAUUCCUUCAAAGAGCAACCGUCCGCUUUUGCCCAAGCGAAACGCAUCAUCAACUCGGAUGGGUUUGGAGCGAGGGGCCUGAACAAAGGAUUAACCUCAACCCUGGGACGCCACGGCGUUUUCAAUAUGAUCUACUUCGGCUUCUACUUCAAUGUCAAGGACGCCAUUCCUACCAGCGCGGACCCCACAUUAGAGUUUCUGAGGAAGUUUACCAUCGGCCUGAUCUCCGGGACCAUCUCCUCCUGCGUGAAUAUUCCCUUCGACGUAGCCAAGAGCCGUAUCCAAGGCCCCCAGCCGGUGCCGGGAGAGGUCAAGUACCGCACCUGCUUCCAGACCAUGGCACUCGUGUACCGCGAAGAAGGGUACUUGGCACUAUACAAGGGGUUGGUUCCCAAGAUCAUGAGACUUGGACCAGGAGGAGCCGUGAUGCUGCUGGUGUAUGAAUACAUGUCCGGGUGGCUUCAGAGAAACUGGUAACAACAAGGGAACAAAAGGAAAAGGAGACCUAGAAGAGUCUUUUAUGAAUUGUUCCUUAGUAUUAUAGUAACUGGCAGCACUAACAUAGCAAAUCCUUUUUUUUUUUUAUUACCUUUUUAUUUUUCAACUUUUAAUGCAAAAUACCAAAUCAGCAUUUUUGAUAAUUCCCGAACUCCAGUUCAGCCAGCUUAGUAUUUAAAGUUAGAGCGCUGUGUAAGAUGUAAAUAACGCCAUUUGCAUAAUGUUUUGAAUCAAUUCCAGCGCCAGUAUGUAAAAACUGAGGGAUUUAUUGGCACAUAUAUACAAGCAUAACUUUGCAUGACUGUCCAAUUAAAAAUAAUGAUAUUUUUGUGGCCUUCGAGCAAACCGGGUUAUAGCUGCAGACAUGCAGGUCCUCUUCUUUGGAGCUGGCCGCGUUGCAUCGCCCUGUUUGUACUGUAGCCCCGCAGGGACGGACCAAACACUAGCUCUGCACAGGGUCUCGCACACACACACACACACACACACACACACACACACACAUAUACACAUGGUUACACAUGCCUCUAACUUUCUCUAAACUGCGUUGGACACUUGGUCCAGAAAACUCAUCGUUAAAAGAAAAUUCUUGGAAUAACAUUUUUCUUCUUAUUUUAAGAGUUUUGGUGUUGUUUCAUGUAAGACAUUUAUGUCAUUUGUUAAUUUCAUGAAUGCUUUAAUUACUCCUUUGAAGAGGAGAGUGAACGUGUGUGAUGUCACACGUGUAAACCAAUCCCAGCCUAUCAAAUCCAACUCCGGUUGUCACUGUUGCCUUUGUUGUCACUGACGGAUGAAGUAGCCAAAGUGAGAUUCUUGGUAAUUGUUAGUACAGUAAAUGCUUAAUGUUACAUGUUGACAUGUUUUGAUUUUCAUCCAGAGCACCAAAAACUGAGCCGAGUUGUGUUCACGUGACGGUUUUGAUAUCCGUCUCUGGGAACACACACUGAAUGAGAACGUGCGUCGAGCAGACAUGGUCUGCAGCCGCCGCCUGAUCCACCCGUCCAAUUACGUCUCUUUCAAACAGAAACGCCUGAUAAGGGAGUGCGUUUGAAGCCAGCUACUGCAUGUGUCUUCAUGCACACAUGCAUGAAAUGUCCUAAUAAGGUCCUGGUUCAUACAUUUGUGGUGGAGGAGGUGGGAGUGGGUUAAAUUAACUCAUGCCAAAUCAUAUCUGCGAUGAACCAUCUUCCUGCCUGCGUCCUCCUCCCUGCCAGGACACAAACCUCAUUCAGCAGCUUCUGAGACUCCUCCAGGUGUGACGGUAUGUUCACGGUCCUGCAGCCAUCCGGGACUAGUAGAAAAAUCCCUCCAUGCAUCGUUCUUGUGACCAAUAAGCGUGUGUCUGUACGCUGCUGCGUGAAUUACCGAGAGGUGAACGAGGUCACACCCCGCACCUCGGGGUGGAAGAAUCCCCACAGCGGCUCGCCGUGGUUCCUUUCUUCAUGGCUCUGGAUUUCAACUACCGGCAGGUUUCCUCGUCUGCACCGGCCCACUGAAGGAUGUUUGUGUGCCUGCAGCAGGACGGAGGACGGAGGCCUCUGGAUCCGGCCGUACAACAACAUUUAUGUCACUCAGAUGCGCGAAAACAAGGUCAAAUGGCAAAAUGCCUCGGUUUUUCCUUGAAAUUGUCAUCCUUGUUUUUGUGAUCUAAAAUACUACGAUGAUGCCAUUUCUCUAAACCUGCUCCAAUGUGCCUAGAAAGGAAUUACAGCAUUUUCAUAUAAAUUCUGGAAAUGUCAUAAAUCUGUUUGUUUUUUUUCAAUAUAUACAUUUGUUAAUUUGACAUUCUAAUCUCAUUUUAAAAUAAAAAGCUUGAAGAGUUA